AUGGCACAAUUAUUAUCCAACAUUGAGUUUACUAGAACAAGACCAAUUUUAGACACUUUUAAUCCAACUAAAGCUUAUUAUGAAAUUAUUCCAGGAUCACAGACAAAAAUCAAAAGAAAUUGGUUAUCCUUUAGUCAUGAACAUAACUCUUUAUUUUGUUCAAUAUGUUUAGUAUACUGCUCUAAAUCAUCAGCUUUUACUAGCGAUAGUGGAUUUAGCAGAUGGAUUCAUGUUUAUGAGAGUAUUAAAGAUCACGAAGAGUCAAAAAACCGUAGAGAAGCGUCAAAAUGUUUCAUGGCUGAUCAAUGUGGUAAAACUGUUGAUGAAUUAAUAGAAAGAGUGCAGUGGGUUCAGAGGGAAAAUGAAGUGAUGAAGAGAAGAAGAGUAGCUCAAAUAAUUAUUGAUAUUGUUAAAGUAAUUGGAAAACAAGGAUUACCUUUCAGAGGAUUCAGAUAUGAGUCUGCUUACGAUUUAAAAAAUAUAUCAGUAAAUCAUGGGAAAUUUUUGGAAAUAGUAUUAUUGAUAGCAAAGUCGAAUGUAGAAUUAAGUGAUCAUAUUACUAAGGCAAUAGUUGAAAGUGAAAAGAAGUUGAAAAGAGGUAAAUCUGGUAGAGGAAAUUUGUUUACUUUUUUAAGUCACAAGACUGUAACAAAUGUAAUUCAAACUAUUGGCAAAUUAUUGUUGUCUAAGAUAUCUAAAGAAGUUAAUGUGGCUAACAACUAUUCCAUUACAAUGGAUACAACUAUGGAUGUUUCAACUCAUGAUCAAUGUGUAAUUGUUUUGCGAUAUUUGAAAGAGAAUGUCGAAAAUGAAAAAUCUUCAGUAGAAAUUAAGGAAAGAGUUAUAGCUUUGAAAANUAGGAAAGAAUUAGAUAAAUGUAUUGCAGACGCCUUUGAUGGAGCCGCUAAUAUGAAUGGAGAGUACAAUGGAGUCCAGGCAAAACUUAAAGAACUGCUUCCAAGGCACAUUCAUACAUGGUGCUAUGCUCANUCUUCCAAGGCACGUUCAUACAUGGUGCUAUGCUCACAUAUUGAAUCUUGUACUGCAACAAACUACUUCGAGUAUGGUUGUAAAUCUUAUAAAAGGCUCAAUGUUUAUGAAUGUCAAAGUAAUUCUGGCCGUCAAUCACAUUUGAUAAAUAUAGGUGUAACUAGAUGGAGGUCUAAAAAUGAUGCCCUCAUAAAAAUAUUUGGUCGUAUUAGUAUGUGGACAAAUGAAGGCGAAAAUGAAGAAAGAAAAAAACUGACUUAUGUGUCAAUUGUUUUAGCACUUUAUGAAAUAUCUUUUUCUAAUAGUUUUGCUGGUGCCUGGCGAAAAAUUGAAGUAGCUAUAAAGUUAUUAAAAGAAAAUCAAAGAGAAUUUUCAUCGAUAAGUGCAGCUGUAAAAGAAUUUUCAAUAUUUACAUCCGAAGUUAUAUGGAAACAUGAAACAGAAAUUGAUAUUGAGUUAGAAUUACCUCAAAAAAGAAGAAUAAACAUUCCACGACGUUUUGAAGAUAACCCCAACAUUAACCCGGAAAUUGGAGCUUCUCCAGAAAAAAUUUAUGAAAUAAAAACUUUUAGUGUCGUUAUGGAUACUACUAUUGCUNGUUUUAGUGUCGUUAUGGAUACUACUAUUACUUGUUUAGAGAAUAGAUUUUCGGGUAGUAAUGAGUUGUAUGGUGAUUUUGAACUAUUUGACCCAAGGCGAUUUAUAAAUAUCAGACAAAAUGGAAUACAUUCAAAUGGCUUAAACAAGAUUUGUGAACUAUUACCACAUAUUGAUAAGCAUGCAUUAAAAGAACAAUUACUGUCAUUUGCCGAAUUCUGGCCUAAAAUUUCAAAAACAAAUAUCAAUGACGUAGACGAUACAUAUAAUCAAACAGUAAAAGAUGAAUCGGACUUUGAAGAUUACAUGCAAAAUGAAAACAUUGAAGAAAAAUGUACAAAUAUAAGAAAAUGUAACUCGUGUUUAUUGUGCGUGACGAACAUAAUUUAUGAGUUUAAUAUAUAUUCUUUGGAAUAUAAAGAACUCUUCGACGUAUACACAUUUUUGUUGACUAUUCCUUUAACUCAAACAACCUGUGAGAGAUCAUUCUCCAAACUGAAAUUGAUUAAGACGCGAUUGAGAAGCACAUUAACUCAACCAAAUUUAGAGUCAAUAUUCAUCAUGAAUUGCGAACGUGAAUUAGUAGAUGAAAUAACUAAUGACGAAAUAAUAGAUUCCAUGUGUGAGAAAAGUUUAGAAAUGUUUAGAUUAUUAAAAAUUUAACUGAAUAUAUUUGUUAAUUUUGUAGUUUUACAUUCAG